AUGGACAGCUCAAAUAUCAAGCCUCCCCAUAAGCCUCGGAAAAGAGCAUCCACGCCGAGAAGCAAGACUGGUUGCGUCACAUGCAAGAUCAGGAGACUCAAGUGCGGAGAGGAGAAGCCAAGUUGCUAUCGAUGUAUGAAGUCUGGCUGGCAUUGCGAUGGAUAUGAACAUGUCGUCGCUCUGACCACUUCCGGAACAUGGACGCUGGCCCCCCUUCGCCCGCGAUCUGAUAGCUCUACAUCCUCGUCGCCAUCUCCGACUUUGUCGCUCUACAUCCCACCACUGGCUCUAGAUGUGUGCGACAAAGAACAACGAUAUAUGCGGAGCUUCAUAGACGAUGUUUCUGUUCAUCUGCAGGCUGAAGAUGCGUUCUUCUGGGCAGGAGUUGUCCUACAAGAGAGCCAGACCAACUAUUCUGUGCGGCACGGACUAGUAGCCAUCGGUGCCCUGGCCAAAAGCUCAAAGCGAUCAACCUUUGGUGGCUAUCGUAUGGACACUGCUCCUUGCCCUCACCGAGAAUACGCUCUAGAGCAGUACGAAAAGGCCUUACAAGGACUCCGAGAAUCAAUAACCCGGGUUGAACCUGGAAAAUGCGUACGAAAUACGGUUAUCUCUUGCCUCGUACUCGCAUUCUUCGAUAAUUUCAUUGGCAAUGGAGGUUUCGCGCUUCAGCAUAUACGACAUGCGAGGGAUUUCCUGCUGCUUGCCAAAGUGGCGGCGCCAGCGGCUGUCACUACGAAGAGCUCAGAGCAAGAAAAGAUUGUCAACAUGUUCUUCCGCCUCGAAAUGCAGGCGCUGUGUGCAAUAGGUAUUGAAGAAGGUCGCACCUUCAUUCGGCUGAAAGAGGGCAUCUCAGACUUCUAUCUACCAAGCCGAUUCAUGAGCGUCGAUGAGGCAAGGGGCACUCGCAAUCGAAUCGUCUGCGAGGGCUAUAGUUUUUUCUACCGGACGGUCAGAUACCAAGAUUUACCUUCUGAGCAGAUACCAGCCUCGAUUAUACGGACACGAGACCAAUUCAUCGAGGGCAUACGCCAGCUACACAACCUUCUUGAUCUUUUGGUGCAGGACAUAGAGCCAGACGUCUUAUGCCAUCCGCUAAAUCGACCUCAAUCCCUAAAGCUCUCUUCCUCCGUCCUCCUCGUCAGAUUGGCAUGCACCCUCGACGCCUCAAAGACAGUAUCCGACCAACUCCUCCCGCACUUCGAGUUCAUGCUCGACUUAUGCCGAGAAACGCUAGAGUACGAAGCAGCCGGCGAUCCAGGCAUAUUCGGCAUGUACCCACCUCUCCCACUCCCACGCACCGGACGCCAUAAACCAAGCUCUCUAUCUGAAAUCGAAUUCUUCGUCCCCGAAGUCCGCACCACCGCCCCACUCUACCUCAUCGCCACCAAAUGUUGCUCAUUUCCCCUGCGGCGGCAAGCCAUCGCCCUUCUUCUCUCCACGCACCGCAGAGAGUGGAUGUAUGAUUCCCUCCUAGCAGGCCAGAUUGGACAGUGGAUGAUGGAGAUUGAGGAGGAGGCUGUGGAUGAGAGAGGGUUUGUGUCGGAGGAGAAGAGGGCAUGGGGCGAGUGCGUUGAGCUUGAUUUGCAGAGGCGGAGAGCGAGGGCGACGUGUAAAGUUGGUUCUUGGAAGGGGUGGCAGGAGAGGGAGAGAAGUGUCUGUUGGUAG